AUGAUGAAGUCAUUGAUCCCCUUAAAACUUUAUUUAUUUCAUUCUUACUUAAUGAGAAUUUUCAGUGAAUUUGCCAUUUUUUCGCGGACAAUUUAUUUCGCUGAAAUUAUGGAUGCUUCUCUGGAAAUCGAUGAUCAUUUACACUGCAUUUAUUGUUAUCGGAUUGACUGUAACUACAAUAAAUGUUUUAUUAUUUGUUGCCCGGAAUGUUCUGUUCGACUUCAUGCGUGCAAAUUAGAAGACCACUUUCUUAUAUGCCCUAAGGUGUUGGUAUAUUGUCCGAAUAGCACGUAUGGAUGUAGGAAACGUAUUUUUCGAGAUAAAAUUGCUACACAUUUGCACAGAUGUUGCGCUUCGGUAGUCGUCUGUGCCAUUCAGUGGAAUCGGAAAGUGGUUAGCAGCUAUGCAAAGCGUAAAAUGAAACGCUUCGCAAAGGGCCUCGACAAAUUUAGCGAUCGAAUUCGUAUCGAUGCAUCAGAGAUUGACAUUUGUGAGACUGUUCGAGAUCAGGAAGUUUUACUUGAUUCAUAUCGCACAAGUCGCCAAGAUCGUAAACGCCUAACAGAUUAUCAUAAUCCUUGUCACCCUCCGUUACCUCUAAGGAUCGCAUUACAAAAGCAAGAAACAUUCAUUGAUGAAGAUAGUAGUGAUGAUGAAAAUCGAGCUAAGGCAUUGCAACUGAAAAAAAAGAAAUCACCGUUCGAAAACUGCUACAUUUGCAAAACGGAUCCAUCAAGUCAACACUUACAUACACUUGGAAAUUACAUUCAGUCGGAAAAAGACAAUCUGGAUGCAAUUUUGCCACAAAUUCAAAUCACUUCAAUUCCUCGAUUUUAUCUUGAACGCAGAAUUUUUGUGAACAUUAUUCGAGAAAGGAUAUCGAUGUUUGUUAAGAAGGAUGAGAAUUUGCCAUUCGUACGAAAAGGAAUUGCAGUUUACACGUUCAUUUGUAACGAUUGUUAUCGUCGAGAUGAAUAUAGCAAUCAUUAUAAAUUUUCGCAUAUGGAAAAUGAUGAAUUUAUCGGUAGAUGUCCUUCGUUUCCUUCCGGAUGUCCAUUUUAUUACCACAAAAAAAAGCCUAAAUGGGGAUCAUUAAGAUACAAUUCGUAUACGUCAAGUGUGGUUCACUGCGGUUCGGAGGUGGAAAACGUCCACGAAGAGCCAAACGCUACGAUUUAUUCGAUGUGUGAAAUGCCGUUCGAUGUGCUUUAUGCAAUCGUUGAUUAUCUCGACAGUGGUUCACUUCGUUGCCUUUCAGCUGUUAAUCGACAAAUGCGUAAAUUCUGUUUCAUUUAUUUCAAUCACUUGGCAAUGGUGCAUAUAAAAUGGAUGAAAUCAGAUACAAAUCAUUGGUUUAGAAAAUGUUUCGUAAGUUUCACAUUUCUUUACAUUAUAAAUCACCGCCAGCGCUACCACCAUUUCACUAAUUAUUUCAUGCAAUUUCAGCUAACUGGCUUUUGUCAAUUGGUUAGAGCUGGGCAUUGCUUUGGCUGA